AUGACGACAGAAACUAAAGAACCGCUUUUUCGGGACAUAGAUGGCGACGAAGGAGAAAAUGUUAAUACAAUCGAGAGCCUCUGUAUGUCCUGCGAGGAAAACGUAAGCUGCGAUAGUUUCGUUGUCACUUCUAACCCCUAACCUGAUGAAUUGAGUUGGAUAAUUGCAUUUUUGCUUUCCGUGGCGGGUGUAAAAUACAGGUCUUAUUGCACAGUUCAAGCUCCUUGUUUCUCUCUCCCUUAUCGCAUGGUGACUUCUCCUGUGAACUGAGGAUUGCGUGACCUGUAUUUUAGACUUGGCGUUUAACAUGCUGCAACCCUUCCCCCCCACCCCCAACUCCUUUCCCCAGGAAGAGGACCGGUAGAAUUCCUCAGGGUAAGCCUUAAAAGUUGUGGAAUUCUUCAGGCGUAAUGCAGAGAUGCCAACCUCUGGAGAUCUAAAAUCUGGAGACUCUCUCUUUUUCACUCCCCCCCUCCUCCACACCCCUGACAAAUAUGGGAAUGACUAAGGACAUUAUAUGAAUUCUUACAUGAGUUACAUACCAUAAAAAUUCGCGAUCAUCGUUUUGAUGCCAGAUAUAAUCUUUGUCAGUGACUAAAUCAGUGCAAAAAUGCCCCAGAAACCGUACUAUGAAUAAAAAAAUUGAAUAUUUGACCUAAAAAUAGAAAUAAAAUAGCUCAAAAGAUGAUUUUAUCCGGGAGAUAUGGUGACCCGUACGGGAGACCUGGAGAUUGGUGUCGUACCCAGGAGACUCCCAGAUAAUCCCGGAGAGUUGGCAUGUAUGGUAAUGUAAAGUUGGGGAAUUUUUAGGGGCAGAGGUGGUGAGGAUACUAAUUUUUAAGGGAACUCUCCAGGGCUGAACACAUAAUGUUGUGGACUUGUUAGGAAAAAUUAAAGUGCCUUUUCUAAGACAUUCAGGGCUAAACCCUUUUAAUAUAGAAGUCUUCAGGGUUGAGCACAAUAUUAUUGCUGUGUAGGAGGGAGACAGCUAUGAAAUGCAAAAGCCAUUGAAAUCACAUAGUUGAUUGCAAGUCUUUUGCUUUAUGUACAUUGUAAACUAAACUUUAAUGAAAAAAAAUGAGUGCAUUUAGUGUAGAGCUCAACACAACGGCUGGUCAACGGACAAUGUCUGUGGCCCAUACCCAUUUAAACCAAUUAGAGGAAUACCCCACCUCCUGCCCACAACAUAGACUUACACACAAGUGGCAUUGAGUGAUUGAGGAUUGGUGGGUGGUAAUUGUGAGGAUAUGGUGGAAAAAGAUAAAUGAAUUUUCUUUUUAAUAGGGGACAACAAGGUUGCUGCUUACGAGAAUUCCAUUCUUUAAGGAGAUAAUUCUUAUGUCAUUUGAAUGCCCUCACUGUGGAUUUACUAAUAAUGAAGUACAGUCUGCGGGAAGAAUUCAGGAGAAGGGUAGCACCAUAACGCUGUCAGUAUCAUCACCAAAGGUACAGUGAAUUUAAUACAAGAACUGUGAAAAUAUUGGUGACUGUUAUUUAAACCUUGCACUUUGUCUUCAAGUUGGCUACAAAUGUUGUUAUUAUACAUCAGACUCACUAUGAAAAAUCUGAUUGGUCGAGAGCAUUCAAUCAAUUCACAAUAGCUUGUGAACUUGACAUGAAAAAUGCAAUAUCUGCUGCAGAUAUUGCAUUUAUCAUGUCAAGUUCAACGUCUGCCUGGUUACCAAGCCCCUUGGAGUGUUCUCCUCAGAAACAGAAUGGCUGAAUGUCUUCUUUUGCCUAUUGUUUAAAAAAUGUAUAAUAAAGCAAUUACUGAAUUCGGUUUUCGCAUGAUAUCAUGAAUUAUCAAAACCUCGUGUCUGUAUUAUCUGCCUCAGCCUUCGGCUUCGGCAGAUAACACAGACCUCGGUUUUGAUUAUUCAUGAUAUCAUGCUCAACCUCAUCCAAUAAAUUAUUGUUUAUUAUGUAGAUUGUGCUCAUGAUUAUCUGUCUUCUUAUUGGCUAAGAGCCUACUGUUAAUUUUAGAACUCAUUGUGCCUCGUAAAAUUAUCAGUUAUCUGUUAGUACAUGUAGAUUAGUAACUAAUCUGUAGGUUUUGUAGACAAUGCAUAAUUUCCAUGAGCACAUCUACCAGUACUCUUUUUGGAAUAAAAUAAACUGUGUUCAGUGCAACGGUAGUGUAAUUGUUGUUAUUUUUUCAUUUGUUAUUUCAUGAACACUUGUAAUAAUAAUCAGAAGAACACCUCAUCACAGCAGAAUAUUAUUAUUUUAACAGUCAACCAUUAUAUUGUCAACUUCUGAGCUGCAACUAUAAUUUUUGUAAAUACAUGCUUGCAGCAGUUAACGCCCUAGUGCGUUUGGGUCCAAAAGUGGUUGUGAUCGGGAAACAUUUUCAGCUAAUAAAAUGGAUUCUUGUAGGAGACAACAUUGAUUGUGUUUUUGCAGGAUUUAAACAGACAAGUUGUAAAAUCAGAUGCUGCUUCUUUCACAAUUCCUGAGCUGGAGUUUGAAAGUCCUGCCUUUUCACAGAAAGGAGGUAAGGGGCUGCCGCUGCCAUUUUUUUUCUUUGUGGCAGGGGGUGGUGCAGUAAGCUUUCAUCUGAACAAAUAUAAGCAAUUUAUUAUUAACUUGUCAGCAACCCAAUUUGCUAACCGUUUAUACCAUUAGCCUUCACUGUUUUGUCUUUGUUUAAUACAUUAAUAUACUGCACUGUCAAAUCUCCUGGUUACUGCACACAUCUCCCCAGUCUCAGGUAUGGGUCACCAAAUCUCACAUAUCCACAAAUCAACCUUUGAGCUUUUCUGUGCUUUAAUUUGAAAUUCUGAAUUUCCCUAAAUUCAGUUUUUUUUGGUGGAGGCAGGGGGUGGGGGGAUUUUUGAUUUGAUGGAAUGUACGGUCUCUGGUGGCAUCUGCAUGAAAUAAGAUCUCAAACUUUGGAACAGAAUUAAUUGGCGUGGAGGAUUUAACUUGCAGGUUUGCAGGUGUGACUAAAGGUCCUAUCACUCAAACUUAGUUAUUUGUAAUCAGUUCACCUUGACUUGCAAAAUUAAACCCAGCCAAAUUUUGCCCAAUAUGUAAUCUAUGCUGUGGUUUAAUUUCAUUCUUGUUUUAAAUUUCAUUUUUCUUUGUUUUAGGAUAUGGUAAUGUUUGAUAAUGAGUUUGAAACAAAAGAAAAUGAAGUUUUAACCAAGAAUAAAAUUGAACCACAACACAUAGGUGUUUGUUACUGGUCAAAAUUAAAUUUAGGUUUAUAUUUUAACAUAGAUUGAUUUUCAAUGUUUUUUGUCUGGACAAGCCCUAUAACAUUCAUGAAUCAGGGCUAGGAGACAAAGGAAAUUGAGAAUCAAUCACUUACCUAGGUUAAAAAAUCUUCACCUGAAUUUAUAAAUUCAGGUGAAGAUUUUUUAACAUAUACAUAAGACAAGGUAAAAGUGUUUGAAAAUUGCUCUGCAGAACUGAACACUAUCGAAGGACUUUUGGAAAGAGCCAUUACUGGCCUGGAGGAACAUCAGCCAGUUAGAAAGGUAAAUAAAUUUCAGAUAACUGCAAAUGAGUUAAGAUGAAUCCAUUGAUUAUUGGAUAAUUUAUUAUUAAUGUGACAGUCUAAGGGAUGUGUAAUUCUGGUUGCAAUUAGAUGGUUUCCAGAUAUGAAAAUGACUGAGUGUUUUUAUUUUUAGUCAGUCAAAAUUUAUGUCAUUAAAUAAUAAUAAUAAUGGUAAUGAUAAUGAUGAUGAUAAUAAUAAUAAUGAUAAUAGAAUAAUAAUAGAAAACGAUGAUAUUAUAAAUAUUAUAAUAUCAUCGUUUUCUUGUGAUAAUGUAUACCUGGCUAAACUAACAGGAAAAAACAAAAAUUUGGAGGUGGAAAAUAUUUUUGUUGUGAUAUUUGAUACUUGCUAACUAAGUAAAAUUAUUUUGCAAAAAUGGUGCAGUAAUAAAAACUUAAACUUGAGUUUUCUGACUCAACUGUAAAAUUGCUACUGGUUCUCAAAGGCUUCUGGAAAAAAUAUAACAAAAAACUAGAUCUUAAUCUGCGGACUAGCCUGUACACAGACAUUGUUUUCUUUCUCUUUUUGAAAAUCAACGAGCAAGUGAGCAAAGCCAGUGUGUGAGAUCAGUGCUGAAUUCUGAGACAAAACAAUUUUUUUCUGAACACUUUUGAAUUUAUUUAAUCUGCUCAAUAUUAGUACAAUGUAUAUUUUUGAGUAACAGUAUUUAGCUGUAUGUUAUUCCUAAACUUUAAUAUAUCCAUAAAGUUGUAUCAAAGAAAUAAAACUUCUUAUACUCACUAAAUUUGUACUUUUGUUGACAGAUUGUUGAUCCAGUCCUGGCAGCCAAGAUUGAUGAGAUUGUAUCACAACUCAAAAAAUGCCAUGAUGGAAAAAUGAACUUUACGUUGAUUUUAGAUGAUGUAUCAGGAAAUAGUUUCAUAGAAAAUCCACAUGCUCCUAAAGACGAUCCUUGCAUGACUCUUGUACAAUAUAUGCGGAGUACUGAACAAGAUGCCAGUCUUGGCCUUCAGUCUGCAAGUGAAGAUGCCACAGAAGAAAAUACCGCUGAGAAAGAAGGUGGGAAAAGUUUUAGAUUAUAGUUAUUGAUUGCGGGUGAAAAGAAGAGCCUGUGAUCCUAAUCUCCAGGUUGUUAUUAUUAAUCUACAUUCAGAGUUUUUAUGGGAUUUGAAUAUUUAAAAAAUAAGUAGAAAAACGUUUGUGUUGCAGACACUUUAAACCUUCUAUAUGUAGAGCUACAAUUGGUCUAGAUGAUGCGUGGGCCGGCAGCAACUCAGGCUAAAAAACAAUCAAUAAAAGUACUUUUUGUAUUUUAGAAUUUGAACAAGUGUCAAGUAUUUUUGUUUGUUUCCUUUUGAAGAUGAAGACAAAGACAACAAAGUUACAGAUGAGGUAAUAAUUGAGUUCAUAAGUCACUAGGAUUAUAUUUUCUCAUCAUGGGCACUACGAUUUAUAGGUAAAUACCAAACACGAGUUGUGUUUACACAAGUCAGCAGUGACAGAGUACAGACAUUUUCCCAGACAAUUUGCCCAGGAAAACAGCCAGCAUUUCGUGAUGCCACGGCUAGUUUCCCUGUGAAAUGGUACCCAGUGGUGGACUCGACAAUGUUGGCUUGGUCCAAAAAGAUCCAAAACUGCCCACAACAUUGUCUUUAUGUCGAAUACAACAGUGCCUUCUAUUCUUGAAGCUAAGUAUUAGCCUCCAAAGUUUGGGCAUGGGUAGAAGACAAAAUUUCUGUCUCUCCUUUUCGUGGCUUUCUUUUGCUUUGCUUUUCUUUCUCUAUUUUUUCUUUUGCUGGGCAAUUACAAGGCUUUGUUUUGAUGGGAAAAGAUUUGCACAAAAAUCCCAAGGAUAGUGAAAUUAUUCAGUAAAAGGAAGUACAGGUGGGCAGUGGAACAAGAUUCUUAUUGAAGUUUUUUUGUUAAUCUUUUGAUGGUUUUUUUUUCCUUUGUCGGGUAUUUGGUGUGGAAAUCAUUCAUUCUUGCUCAAUUUUCAGUGCAGCCAUGCAGGGGUAAACGGCCUACCCUCCCUCCCUGAAAAUCACAUGGGUCAUAUUACUAACAACCCUCUAAGCUUACCUGUCCCAGCUUGGCUUAGUCCGCUGAUCAAUCAUGUUUAUCCAUACCUUAAUUUGAAUACAACUGACCAUGAAUAUGAAUGUUUUUUAAUAGAUUAUGGAUCACUAUGAAUGGAAUGUAACACACUAGAUCUGCCCACUGCCAAACCAUUUUUUACCUACACACAUUCGCCUCUGGACCACCCAUAACUGCUGUACAAAAAACUCUUUCCCCUGCACAAGUUAGGUGUCAGAGUUGUUUAGGACCAUUAAAAUUGAUGAUGUUAAAAUAGAUAAAAGCGAUGUCACGUAGUCUCUUAGGGGGCAAACAAGUGAUAAAAUCCUGCCGAUUACAAGAAAUCGGGGUCAAGUUUAUUCAUUCUAAACAACAGAAAAUGAAAAAAAACAUUUCAUCUUAAACACCUAAUGUCACAGUGCAGUGGACACGCCCAAAAGAAGGAAACUGCAGCAUCACCAUGUAUUCAUUCACGGUAAUGGCAAGUUAUGGGUGGACGUGAUUAUUGUUUAAUACUCUUUUAGAAGAUGCAGUUGCGACCGUAGAUGUUCUCAUAGCAAGCAAUAAUGAGGUAAAACUUGUCAACACUCGAACUGUACAUUUUGCUCGACUAAAAUCGUCGUUUUGCUUUAAGAGAAUAAACAAACUUGACCGUAAUUACUCGUAUUGGGAAAUUUUAUUAAUGUUUACCCCCUGACAUACCACGCGACAUUGAUUUUAUGCCAACAAUCCUAAAGCCUCUUCCAACGAUGGCGGGUGGAUGGUCCAGAUGUUAAUGUGUGUGGGUAAAAAUGGAGUGGCAUUGGGCAGAUCUAGUGUCAUACAUUCCAAAUAUGAUAUUAUGUAAACAGCAGUAAUCUGUUCAACAACAUUCAUAUUCAUGCUCAGUUGUAUUAAGGUAUGGGAAAAUGAUUGAUCAGCGGACUAAGCCAAGCUGGGACAGUUUGGCUUAGGAGAAGUUAGUAAUAUGACCCACGUGAUUUUCUGGGUAGGAGGGUGGGCCGUUUACGCCUGCGUGGCUCCGCUGAAAACUGAGCAAGAAUGAAUGAUUUCCAGGCCAAAUCAGCAUUUAUCAUCAAGAGAUACGCAAUCGUUCUCGAAACUCAGUGUUUGACUAGCCACGUUAAAUCUCUUAAUUACGAGUAUUUAUGCAAAGUGUCUUCACAUAUUAUUGAGUGUUUCUGAAUGGUGAGCCUUUGUAUGGGUACCUGCGGACGUCGAUUUCUCCGCGCGUUUUCAUCGAAUGGCCUUUUUUUUUUCAGGCGAAAUCGUCGCAUGUCAAGAAUUGUUUUACCUGCUAGCGCUACCAGUGAGUUCAGCGCAAAGUGCAGCACACUUUCUGGCAGGUUUCUCUGCCGUCAUUGCAAGAGUAGCUUUGUCAAACUUGACUGAAAUGGCAAUGCGAUCGUGGCUUCAAUCUCUACUACUCCGCUUCGUCAAUGGCGAUCGUCGCGACUUCGAUUUCGUCGGAAUUCCAUACAGAGGCUCAAUAGGGUGCAAGGGACGAGACUUGUAUACAAAUUGAUGAUAUUGCUCUUUUCGUUUUGCCACUCAGGUGUUAAACUUUCCAACAAACUGUUCAUCGUGCAAUGCACCAGCCGAGACAAGAAUGAAGGUUGUUGGUAUCCUUCCAGCUAGUUUCAGUUGUUGAGUUUUGACAGUUAACAUCAUCACCUAUUCCCGCAGCUGCUGCCUUUCCCAUGUCACACGCGUCUUAUUUUCUUUUGACUUUAUUUUUGCGACCCCCCUACUAUCUGGGAGCCUGAUACAGGCUAGUUUACAAGCUGUUCGUCUGUAUAUUUCAAUGUGCAUUGUUUUGUUUUUAAGUCUUAUUAAACAUGUCAAAAGUUGCGCGCUUUAACUUUUAAAUCAGCUAUCCCUCACUUUAAAGAAGUGAUUAUCAUGGCGACAAGUUGUGAUGCUUGUGGAGAUAAGACAAACGAAGUUAAAUCAGGCUGUAAGUAACAAUAAGAUUAUUUUUUUUCAAUUUUUGUAUUACUCUUAAUGAAAAAAUAAGGAUAGAAAGACAGAAAGGGAGAGCCCUCCGAAGGGCUUCCUUGCAGACUGCACUUCAUCGAUCUUUCUUGGUAAGCAAUUUUAUCCACCAAGUGCUUAACAAUCGCAAGGAAAAUACACUAGGCAUGCUAGGUGAAUUAAAAGGGUGAUUCUUGCUGCAAAUAUAUUAUUUCUGGUUUACGCCUUUUUUUUGUAAUAUUUCUCGUUCUUUAAGCCAUUAAGCGAAACCGUCGUAGAAUAGUGGAAUCGGAAAAACGGAAGAAUCGUACAGUCGGAAACUUUUUACCAUUAGCACGUUUGGAUAGAACCUGACAAUAUCACACUACAGUGUCUUAGAAUAGUAGAACUGGAAAAAAUCGGAAGAAUCAUAUAAUCGGAGACUAAUGUCUUUAAUACAAGUUUACUGACUUAAUCGCAGAAUAGUAAAAUUGGAGGAAAUCUUUCAAAGAUUAGUUAGUUUUAUAAAAUAACUAAGAUAGUACGUUAGUUCUGAUUGGUUAAAAACCUAUGGUUUAUUGUGCCGGUAACCUAUAGAAAACUUAAAGUUAUUUUAUUUCGGCUCGUGAUUUACAAGCUUUUCUCGUGUUUUCACAGCUUCUCCCAACAUCCCGCCUGGGUUAUCACGCCGGUAAACCCAUAGAAAGUGUGGUCUAUUGUUUUAAUAAUACGGAGAAUAUAGUACCCCUAAAUCUGUAAUCGGUUAUAUACUAUUCUCCAAUUUAGCACCUAAUGUGUGCACUGCUCUCUGGUCGCCAAAUGAAGCCUGCGAGUAAGCUCUCCAUUUAUCGCGAGCGAAGCGAUUCGUAGGAAACGUCUACACGCAGGUAAAGCGAUCCGCGACAGAACGCGCGAGCGAGCCGCGAGAGACGGCGGAUCGCGUUCUGCUCUCGCAUGACUUCUCGCGACUCCCCCAAUGGUUACCUUGCUCGCAGGCUAGACCUAUGCAAGUGCUGCUUCUAGUGAGGCACUAGAGAUUGUAAUGAUUAUUAGAGUGAAGUUGUGUUUUUUGUUCGCAGCUGGAAUUGAACCCAAAGGAUGCAGACUAACUCUUAAGAUAACAGAUCCUGAAGAUCUCAACAGAGAUGUUCUCAAGGUACAGUUUUACUCUCUUAAAACAUUUUGUUUGGGGUGGCUCGUACUAGUUUUCUCGCGUGGGGAUUCCAUCGCGCACGUGCAUCCCACUCCACUUUGUACGCGCAAGAUACAGAAAACGACACAGAAAACAACGUUUUGCAAAGCAUGUGAAUUUUCCGCCAUUUUCCUCAGAUCUUUCAAAACAACUAAGCUGACGCAACCUCGUCCUCAGGGCUUGUCGUUUGCCGUCCCUUUUUCUAGCAAUAGCCUGUACCAUUGACGUAAUUGUACCAGAUAACGCAAACGUCUUCCAUAUUUGUCAUCGCCAGCUGGUAAAGAAGAACUGAUUAGGCGGGGGAUUUGAGCCAGUUAGAAACGGAGAAAUAUUUUUGUGUGAAUAAUAAUAAUAAUAAUGUCUAUUAUUUUCAGUCUGAAACUUGCGAAGUACAAAUUCCGUCUUUGGAUUUUGUGACCCAUGCUGGCACGUUAGGUGGAAGGUUCACGACAUUAGAAGGUCUGCUCACAAACAUCAAGGAACAGGUGAGGAACAAAGAUUACCUCAAUAGUUCAAAAGCAGUUGUUUUGAAGACAGUCAAACAAUCGAGCUUUAAAUGUUAACUUCACUUUCAUUGAAAUCGGCUGGAGUUCUUUUAAGGAGAUUAAAGGGUGGCUCAUAUUUUCUUCCCCAGAGAUGCGAUCUUUUUUGGCCAGCGCCUCGGAUAAAAAGCGCUUACAGGUUCCAGGAUAUCGCGCAGGUGCAAUAGCAGCUGUCUGUAUAUAACCGUUGGUAACGGUAUUAAGUUUCUCAGGUUGCGUAGAAUCUCAGCUCUCAAUCCACCGCGCUGGCCAAAAGGAUAGCAGCACUGGGGACUAAAAUGACUGUGGCCAUGAUAAAUACAAUGGUAAACUGCGCAUUAUUUUCUUGCAAAAAAGAAAUAUUAAAUAGCCUGAAAAGUGUCCUAAAGUUCCAUACUGGACACUUAACCAAGAAUGUUAGGUGAAUGGCGUGACAUGUAGAACCCCCAGCCCCGUGCCAUACCCCCAAGCCCAGGAGUAAUUUGUGCUCUUCGGCUAUCGACCUCGAUAAUCACAAGGAGAACACAGGACGAUGAGUAGUCUAGAGUGAAUGAGUGAGUGAGUGUGCGUUGUUUUACUGAGUAGGUAUAAGCUCUACUUUCUAAGGCGUUUACCUCUUAUAACGGGGACGUAGGGGGCAAGAGUGUGAGCUCUUCCCAUUGCUUAUUUCUUGAUUGUUUUACACCGCUAUAGUUGCAGUCUGUGAAUCCGUUUGGCUUUGGAGACAGUCCUGCGUUAUUUAAUAGUCAGAUGAAGACAUUUUUGACAGGCAUUGAUAAGGUUUGUAACUUUCAGUAGUAACUCAUGUUCAGAGAACUUCACAAUUCCAAAUUGUGGUUUAUCUGGUGUGUAAAUCGAGACACCAUGAUGUAAGUGGUAGGUAUUACGGUCACUGAAGUUAGAUUGCUAGUUUGAAGCGUGAACAAAAGUUGUUUUUAGUUUUUUGGUCCUGAUUCGCACCAUACCCCGGCAAGCUUUAUGAAGAGUUCCCCAGCUAAUUUCUUAUAUCUUCCUCUUUACAGAUAAUAAGCGGUGAAGAGCUAGGUGUGGAGAUUAUACUCGAUGAUCCGGCCGGAAAUAGCUACAUACAGGUAAAACAAAAUAUCUAGGGACAGUUCUUUCCUAACCUUAGUUAAUGCUAUGCUAACGCGCAUUUCCUUUAUUCCUGCGAAAUCAAACAGUGAAACUGCACAACAUUUUCGAUCAAUUAAAGCAUAGUUUAAUAGCGCGUGAACCAGAAAAAUGUAUGGGGUGGAUAUUAGUCCUUCAAUCAUGUGUCUUGACUUCAACGCAGACACCUGCCGAACAUUUUGUAUCAUUCCUCAGUGUCUAUCUUGGAAGUAGGUGAUUUUAUUCACUCUGAGGAGGGGCUGGCACUAAAGGUCAGCUUUCAGCCUCUUUCAGGCAUUCAGAUUUUGCUUUUUACGAUGGCCAAAUUCCAACCACAUUUCGCUUGUCAGGUUCCUGACGAACGAACAAAAUAACUCACUGGCCGUUUCAGGGACUAAAUUACCAAGACCAGCACUCGCGAAUCCCGUAAAUAAAAAUUGCGUGCAGUACAAAAGCUCGCUGCUCUUUUCCUCACGAUAGUUGUUACCAGGGAAUGUCUUCACAUGCAGUACCCCGUUUUUUAUGUGUAGGGCUUGACUGACAUUUCAGUCUUGGUAUUUAGCCAUGGUAAACAAGUCUUUCAUACACUUAGAAUAUAUUUGACAGUCAAAUACUUUUUCAUUUCCUCUACUGUCAAGUCGACUUUAAGGCUCAUGUUUUACCUCAACCAUUCUGUAGAAUCUGUACGCGCCAGACCCAGACCCCGAGCUGGAAGUUUUUCAUUAUCAAAGGUCAAAGGAACAAGACGAUGAACUGGGAAUAUCAGAUAUGAAGACAGAGGGAUAUGAAGAGGAUGAAAAGAGCUGACAGCGAAAGAAAUUCCGUGAUGAGACAUUCUCUUUAAGCCACUGAUAUUGGAAAAAUUGACGAUAAUGUAAAAUAAACUGAUCUGCAUCUACAAUCUUGGACAGAAUAAAAUGGAACAGCAAACCAAAUGAAGGAUGAAGCCUCGCAAAAGCCAAAACGCACCAUUUUCCCAUCCUUGAUUUGGGAGGGGGUGAAGAGGGGGUACAAAUUUUCCAUCUACUUUGUCCAAGAUUGUGGAUACAUAGUUCGCGAACGCGGACGUAUUUCGGGUCGUCACCUCUCUCCUUCUCUCCCCCAAUCCGAAAGUAACUUUUUGGCCCGCAUGCUAUUCCUCACUGGGCUAGACUGUUGACAGUCCCGUAUUUUUCCGUGUGAUCGUCG